AAGCGGCGGUCUGUUGAAAGCGCGGCGGUGCAGGGUGGGCGCGCGUCCCCACUGCACUGGGGCCCCAUGGCCGCCCCUGGUGCCCUCUAGACUUAGUUGGGCCCAUAACUCUGCGGAUUUUCAAUGGCCAGCCAAUCGCCCAAGAGCCGUUCGCGGCGACGUUGUUGCUGAGCCCCAGCAACUUUCCCGCAAAGCAAAUAGCGACGGGCUUACGUAAGUCGGACAACCUGUUUGCAGUGGCCAGAUUUUGCAGCCCAGCAGCUUCCGCGAUGGCGAUCCAAGAGUCGUCGAUGGGCGCGCCGGGUGGUGCGAGUCGUGCCCGUGAAAGAGAGAGCGCGAGGCAUGCGCAAAAGAGCGGAAAGGCGAGCGCCACCCCAUUGAGGAGACGCACAGGGCGAAGGUGCUCGGGGGGCCGAAACCUUGGGCCUGCGCCUUCAAAAAAAGCCAAAAAAGAGGCGCCCGCCUUGCCCGGGCGCCUCUGGUUUCUUUGGGGCGGGGGCCUUCGCACUGGGCCGCAAAGCGGCAAGGCGCGGCGGCAGCGGGCAAGCCUUGGCGGGCGACGUUCAGUGUUGGGGGCCCGCCGCAGUUUCCGUGUUGCGCCCGGGCCGACGCCGUUACUGUUAGGCUGCUCGGCCCUGGCGCCAGCGUGUCCCGUCGCCCUUUCAAAAAAAACCCAACGUCCGAGAAGCUGCUGGCGUGGCCCUUCCUUCGUUUCCUCUAGCAAUCGAAGCCGCUGGCGCGCCCCAGCAGGCGCGCUCCGUGCGGUCAGCAAAUCGAACGAGCCAAAAUUUUGCUACGCCAGCCGCUGCCGCUUUCGCCGUCUGCCCCAUCCUGCCCCCGGCCCCGCCGGCCUGCAGUGUGUUCCGCGCGCUUUUCGCAGGUCCUUUGCCGGCACGCCCGCUCCGGCGCGCGUCAUAUAUUUGCGCGCCGAAGGCGUCGGCCGCCAAAGUUGGCGGCGCUGCCCUCAUUGCCCCAAGGAGGCCCGCCCUUUUUGCGCUGGAAGGCGGCGCCGCGUGGAUGCAUGGCGUGGGCGGCCGGCUUUGGGCCUGGGGGUCAUAAAUAGGCCGGCCCGGCCCCCCGAGGCGCGCAGCAAAUGCGGCCCCCCGUCUUCGUGCCCGGCCCGGGCACCGGGGUGAGUCGUUGUGCCCCCCUUCCCUUGGGCGGGCCCGGUGGUGUGGGUUCUCCGCCUUUGCACGCCCGCGCCGAUUGUCUCGCGCCCCACCGUGCAUCCGGGCGGCCGCGUCCGUGUCUCUGUUUGCUGGCGUGGUUCGACGUGUGCCUUCAGUGCGCGCAGCGACCAGCGAGCUCGUUUUCCGUGUUGAUCCGCCGCACGCCGGCGUCCGGUAACCCAGCAGUCUAGCACUCCUUUUUGGCCUAGAGGUGUUCGGUGCUCCAAGAU